GGUUUGGGCUCCGCCCCGUCACGCAGCGGAGAACAUGGCGGCGCUGCUGCAACAUGGGAGCCGCUUCGGGAAACACUGUUAUGUCGGGCCGCUUCGACUCCUGUCCUCCCGUAGCGUUUAUUCAGCCCGAGGCACGAAUACAACACUUUCCACCAGCGGCUUAGAAAAGAUCCAGAGAUGCAGUCAGUGCGCUGGAUGGCGGAUUAUCGUGCAGCCUGGGAGGGGAGUGAAGACCCAAAUCAUCCAGCAAAUCCUGAACAGACCCCCGAGCCCAACAUUUCUCGGGCUGAGUAAAGCACUCCACAGGGACGGUCUGCGUACUGAUCCGCUGGGAUUGUGGAGAAGUGCUGUCACUUAUUUCAGCACCUCCUCUGAUAGACAGCAGAAGAACGAUGGACCGAAGAAGAAAUCACCCAAAGAGGAAGAAGAGGAGAAAAAGCAGCGCGAGCAGGAGAAUCAGAUGUACAAGGAGCGGCUGCGCAUUCUCUUCAUCAUCGCCGUUUGCAUGAGCCUGCUGAACCUGUUUACCGCCAGUGGAGGGAACAUCUCCUGGAACGACUUUGUGAAUGAGAUGUUGGCCAAAGGCGAGGUGGCUCGGGUGCAGGUGGUGCCGGAGAGCGAGAUCGUAGAGAUCGACCUUCACCCCGGGGCUGUGGUUUUCGGCAGGCCUAGACUCGCCCUGACGUACCGCAUGCAGGUGGCCAACAUCGAUAAGUUCGAGGAGAAGCUGCGAGCUGCAGAGGAGCAACUCAACAUAGACCCCAAGGACAGAGUCCCGGUGUCCUACAAGCGCACAGGCUUCUUUGGAAACGCCCUCUACGCUCUCGGCAUGGCCGCUGUCGGAGUCGGAAUCCUAUGGUACAUCUUCCGCUUGGCAGGGAUGGGCGUACGAGAGGGCGGAUUCAGCGCCUUCAAUCAGUUAAAAAUGGCAAAGUUCACCGUCGUAGACGGAAAGUCCGGGAAAGGAGUAAGCUUCAAAGACGUAGCCGGGAUGCACGAGGCCAAGAUGGAGGUGAAGGAGUUUGUGGAUUAUCUAAAGAAUCCAGACAGAUACUUGAACUUGGGAGCGAAGGUACCCAAGGGUGCGCUGCUGCUCGGGCCGCCAGGUUGUGGCAAAACCCUGCUGGCUAAAGCAGUGGCUACUGAAGCCCAGGUGCCCUUUCUGGCUAUGGCUGGAUCUGAGUUUGUGGAGGUGAUUGGAGGCCUCGGUGCUGCGAGGGUGAGGAGUUUGUUUAAAGAGGCGAGAACGCGGGCACCCUGCAUCGUCUACAUCGACGAGAUCGACGCUGUGGGUAAAAAACGAUCCACCAACAUGUCCGGCUUCAGCAACACCGAGGAAGAGCAGACUCUCAACCAGCUACUAGUUGAAAUGGAUGGUAUGGGAACCACCGAUCACGUCAUUGUCUUGGCGUCCACCAACCGAGCAGAUAUUUUGGACAAUGCUUUGAUGAGACCAGGACGGCUGGACAGACACAUAUUUAUUGACCUCCCCACUCUCCAGGAGAGAAAGGAGAUCUUUGAGCAGCACUUGAAGAUCCUUAAGCUUUCCCAUCCUGCAAAUUUCUACUCCUUGCGUCUGGCGGAGCUCACGCCUGGCUUCAGUGGUGCUGACAUCGCAAACAUUUGCAAUGAAGCGGCUCUUCACGCGGCCCGUGAAGGCUACAAGACCAUUGAUACGUUUAAUUUUGAAUAUGCAGUGGAGAGAAUUAUUGCAGGCAGUGUUAAGAAGAACAAGAUCUUGUCUAAAUCGGAGAGGAGGGUGGUGGCGUUCCACGAGUCAGGCCACGCUCUUGUGGGAUGGCUGCUGGAACACACAGAAGCCGUCAUGAAGGUGUCCAUAGCUCCGAGGACCAACGCUGCUCUAGGCUUCUCCCAGAUCCUGCCAAAGGACCAGUACCUGUUAACCAAAGAGCAGCUGUUUGAGAGAAUGUGCAUGGCUCUGGGUGGCAGAGCCUCUGAAGCCAUUACAUUUAACAAAGUCACUACAGGUGCUCAGGAUGAUCUGCGAAAGGUGACACGUGUCGCCUACGCCAUGGUCAAGCAGUAUGGCAUGGUGCCUAAUGUUGGACAGGUGUCCUUCCCUGAAACAGAUCAACAGGCGGGUAUCGGGCGCAGGCCCUUCAGCCAGGCCCUUCAGCAGCAGAUGGACCAUGAAGCGAAGAUGUUAAUUGCACGUGCGUACAGACUCACGGAGAAACUGCUCCUGGAUAACAGGGACAAACUUGUACUGUUGGCCGACGCGCUCCUCGAGCGAGAAGUGGUGAACUACGAUGACAUUGAGGCUCUGUUCGGUCCGUCUCCGCACGGCCCCAAAAAGAUGAUCGCCCCUCAGAGCUGGAUCGAAGCAGAGAAGGAUAAGCAGGACGUGGGAGAUGAGGAGCCUCCUACGCCCCCUAAAGCACGGAGGGAAGAGGAGUACGAGAACCUGGGGCCGAAGUGAUCCUCCUACUGUAAAUAUAUACAGAAGUUUGUGGACACCUAGAAAAUGCCUAUGAGCUUUUCCUAUGCUUAUUUUGCAUUUUGCUCUUCUGGGAAGAUGUUCCACUAGAUUUUGUGGAGAUUUGUGCUAAUUCAGCUACAAAGGGUUGUUCAUUGUUCCGUAGUGUUGGAGAGCUAUAGCAGAUCUUCCACUCUAACUCAUGUAAAGCAGAUCUUCAUGGAGCUGGCUUUGAGGCUCCAUGAAGCACAUGAAUUCUGCUCUUACGCAUAGAAGAGAAAAGGCUAUUUUUUUGAAGAUGCAUUAUAAGGUGAGAGCUGAUUGGUCAGUUUUUUUGGGGACGCCUGCAGUGUAAUUUUUAAUAUAUAAAUGCAGGUUAAAGCAGCCAAUGAAAACGUCCCUCUGUUCAUCAUUUAAAGCACUAUUUUAUUUAUUUUGAUGCGAUCUGUGAAAUUAUUGUUCUCGCGGUAGCCGUGAUGACGUGUACUCUCUAAAAUAAAUAAAUAAAUAAAUCAAACGUCCUCGCAGGUUAUCAGAGACGUGUCCUGCCAAACCUCACAGAUUGUUUUUUUUUUUUUAUAUAUAUUUUCCUGUACAAGCGUACGUUCCACUGUAAAGAUGUUAUUUUUGUGUUGAAUAAGUAAAACAGCACCGCCGGUUGCCUUUUUCUUUUAUUUUA